AUGGAUUCUAAUUCGGAUUUUGUAAAAUGCUUUGAUUGUGGAAACGUACGAAGUAGCACAAGAUGGUGUAAAGAUUGUGAAUGUAAUGCCUUUAAAGAAAAUUUUAGAAACUGGGCAAGUGGUAAUCUUAUUGUUGAUAAUUUUAUUAAAUAUACUCAAUUAAAUACGACAGGAAAUGUAGAUUAUUUAGAAUAUAUAGAUUUCGAUCAAUUUGAAUUUAUGAAAAAAAUAAACAAAGGUGGGGAUUUUGGUACAAUUUAUUCAGCAACUUGGAUGAAAGGUCCUCGAAGGAUUUGGGAUGAAGAUGCCGAGCAAUGGACACGAAAUGGGCCUAUAAAAGUUGCUCUAGCGAGACUUCAUGAUUCACAAAAUAUAAAUGAAAAAUAUUUGAAACAACUAUAUGAAUAUCAAUAUAGUUUACAUGAGAGUCUUGACUCUUUUGGAAUAACUUUAGAUCUUACUUCAAAUUACAUGUUAGUUAUGAAAUACCAUGAAUACUAUGAAAAUAGAGACUUAUAUUCAUUUCUUGAUGAAACUCAACAAAUGAUUUGUUGGAAAGACGUUGUUUUAAUACUUUGGCAAAUAUCUGGAAGAAUUGUGCAUUAUCAUGAAAAAGGAUUGAUUCAUGGAAAUAUUCAUGGAGGCAAUAUCUUGGUUGAAGUUAUACAAGGUUCGUUUGGAAACAUUGAUAUCCCAGAUAUUGAGCCUUAUUCUAUAAAUAAGGAAAAUUCAAACGAAAUAUAUGGAGUUCUUCCUUAUGUUGCUCCCGAAAUCUUGCAAGGAAAACCGUUAACAGAGUCCGUAGACAUUUAUAGUUUUGGAAUGAUCAUGUGGACCCUUUCUGCAGGGGUUCUUCCAUGGUGUAAUAGACCACAUGAUUCGAAUUUGGCCAGUCAAAUUUGUUCCGGUCUUCGUCCUGAAAUAAGAACUCCAAACGUUUAUACUCAAUUAAUGACAAGAUGUUGGGAUUCUGACCCCUCAAGUCGUCCAACUACAUCUGAAUUAAAUGAUGAGUUAGAAACUUGGUUAAGCGCGAUUGAUGACCCUAAUCCAUCGGAAUUAUCUGAAGAGCUUUCAAAUUUGAAGAAAAGCAAAUUUGAUCAACAAGAAAUCCAUUCUGAAGCUUUUUAUACAAGCAGAAUGUUGUCUUUUCUUUAG